AUGCUAUCAAAAUUUCUACGCUACGAUAAAAUUAAAACACAAGACGAGCUUGAUCCGAUACAUUACGUUGGCGUACAUAUAUUCUGGUUAAAGUUCUACGGCAUGUGGUACAACAAUAGUUCAUGGAAGGAAAUUAAGUUUUGGCUUAAAAUUUUCUAUACUUUUAUAGUACUUUGGCUUGUUUGUAUAAUACCGUGUGUAGGAGAAAUAUAUUAUCUGUUACGUCUUGGUGGUAACAUCGGUCAUAUUGCAGAAGGACUCUACUUAUUUCUUAGCGAAAUGUAUACGUAUUUCAAACUUAUUGUUUUCUGGUACAAGAAGAAAGAGAUUUUAAAUUUGUUAAAUUUUAUGCAUUGCCCUGAAUUUAUGCCUCAAGAGAUCGAACAUAAUGAUAUUAUCAAGAGAAGAAUCAAGACGGCUCGUUUCGUAAUGAAUGCAUAUACGAUGAUGUGUGUUGGUGCCGUCUCAGUGGGAAUAUUAAUGCCAAUAACAGAGAACUUUAUAAUACUACCAACGAACGUUGAAUAUCCAUAUAUCGAUGUUUAUAAAUCACCCACAUAUUACUUCAUAUAUAUUCAUCACAUAUAUUACAAGCCCGCUACGUGUAUUAUCGACGGUGUCAUGGAUACUAUAUUAGCCGCUUUUGUAGCCUCUGCCAUUGGACAAAUAGAAAUUUUAUCGUUUAACUUAAGAAAUUUUAAAACAAUUGCCAAACGUCGCGAAAAAAGACAAUUAAAAAGAUUUGUUUCUAGUAGUGAUCAAUUACGCGACGAUCAUGUGAAAUGUGUUUUGAAAAAAUGCAUUAAACAUCAUGAUGCUAUCAUAAGGUAUAUAACAAUGAUAGAAUCGGCAUUCAGUUUGUCAUCGGCUCUGCAGUUUAUGUUAAGUGUCAUGGUCCUUUGUUUGGUAGGAAUAAAUUUUUUAUCGAUCGAAAACUAUUUGGAUCACUGCAUGCAAAUAAUGUGGAUGGCUAUAUAUUUAACAUGCAUGUUGACAGAAGUGUUCAUAUUGUGUUGGUUUGGUAAUGAAUUGAUUCUAAAGAGUUUGGAACUUCAGAACGCGACAUUUGAUGGUCCUUGGUUAGACAUAGAUCAAGCGACGAAGAUAUAUAUAAUUAUAUUUAUGGAGCGAUGCAAGCGUCCUCUUUUAAUAACAGCUGGAAAGUAUUUUACCCUCUCUCUAAGUACAUACACUAACCUUAUUAACUGGUCGUACAAAGCUUUUGCUGUUAUGAGAAACAUGAAAAAUAAUGUUCCGGACAAGUAA